UUGUUCACCACAGCAAUAAGCAGAAGGUGAAAACACACACAGAAAUGAGCUCCUACACAACUUUUUGGGCCUUGUUUGUGCUGUUUGCUGAAAUGACAUAGCCUAAAUAUUGUGUAGUUUGAGUCACUUGUGUUAUUUGACCUAAUAUUAUUGUUAGAGCUUAUUACAUGGCGGAAAUGCGUAAUCUUCUGGACCCCCUCGACUUUUAGUGAAUCAACUGAAUCAAACUCGCUUUGUGUGCUGAUUCGAUUCUUCCAAACAAACCCGUGGUGGGGAAAGUAACUGAGCCUUAAUGCCCAUCACUGUCAUCCUGCACUGGAACUCUUCUCAAGCACGGGGUCUCCACUUCAGCGUUUUUUUCGGGAGUGGUAGGUUUUCUUCUCACUCACACCACCAGAGAGAGAGGAUAUGAAGAGACUCCCUGCUCUCCUGCUGUUGGAAUUGUCUGCAGUGUAUCAUGCUCUGGGGUUCAGUGAUGAAGGCUCAGGGGCCAUGUAUCCCAGCAGCAGCAAUGAAGUGGUACAAGAGGAGACAUAUUAUACUCCAGAGUUGGACUAUAAGUAUCCCCAUUGGUGUCAAACACUUAAACUACACAAUGGGCAGGUAACAUGUUCUUCUCCACGAGGUGGGAACUAUCGCAACUCAUUAGGGACAUGGUGUACACUGUCCUGCGAUCGGGGAUAUAAACUUCUGGGGCAAUCAUCUGUACAGUGCAUGACCAGCCGCCGCUGGUCAGGAACUGCUUACUGCAGAAUGGUGCGAUGCCGUGUGCUCCCUCACAUCCAGCAUGGUACGUACAGCUGUAGUAGGAGCUUUAUGGUUUACUCCAGGUGUGACUACUCCUGCUUUCAAGGCUACCAGAUUGAAGGGGACCGUUAUCGUGUUUGCCAGGAAGGGGGGAGCUGGAGCGGUGCAGAGCCCUCUUGUGCAGAUCAUGACCCCCCCAAACUGAAAUGUCCUUUAUCCAGAGUAAAGGUUGCAGAACCAGGAAAACUUACUGCCACAGUGUCCUGGGAACGUCCCACAGCCACCGAUAUGGCUGACAGAGCACUGCAGAUUUUACGAAAUGGACCAGAAUCAGGGUCGGAAUUUAGUGAGGGGCAGUAUGUAAUUCGCUACAAAGUCUAUGACCAGGCCCGGAACAUGGCCACCUGCAAGUUUAUAGUGCAUGUUGAAGUCAGGAGAUGUCCUGUGCUGAAGGUCCCAUUGCAUGGAUACGUGAGCUGCUCAUCUGAAGGCAAUAAUUAUGGAGCUGUGUGCGAGUAUCACUGUGAUGCUGGUUAUGAGAGGAGUGGCACCUCCACCCGAGUCUGCCUGUUCAACCGCAGCUGGUCAGAUGAAGCCCCGGAGUGCAUUUUGAUGCAGAUCAAAACUGACAUCAGGUCCGCUGGUGCCCUGCUUGACCAGUUCUAUGAGAAGAGGAGAGUCCUCAUUGUGUCCACUCCAAGUGCAACUGACCAGUACUACAAGCUUCAGAACAUCAUGCUACAGAGAGCUGGAUGUGGUCUGGAUCUUCGACGUGUGACAGUGAUUGAAUUGAUAGGCAUUCCACCUCGAGAAGUGGGCCGGAUUAAAGAACAAUUUCUAGACACUGAAGUCAUUGAGGGUCUCAGGCAGGCGCUACAGAUCACUCGCUCAUACUUCAACAUGGUGUUGCUUGAUGAACUUGGUGUGGACCGGGAACGUUUCAUUAACCCCACCACCUCAGAUGAACUCUACACUUACAUCGACGAGUAUCUUCUCACAGAGGAGGAGCGAGAGAGGCUGCAGCUAAACAAAGACCUUUGUGACUGAGCCAGAAAAGAUUCACUCCACAUCAACACCAAGUGGGCCAUGAACAGCAAAGCUGUGCUUUGCGAGGAUUCUACUUUCUAUGUUUAGAUAGUGUUGCUUUCGCACACAUUACAGAUGUCUAUAUUGUAACUGUGUAUUGAAAUACUGUCCUUUUUAUGGGUUGUGUUUUUAGACAUAAGAAAUGUAUUUCAGAAUCCUCAGUAUUUUGUACAUAGCACAGCUAACAGGAAUAGUGCAAAAAAUUAUAUAAUAUUUAUUAAGUGAAUUGUAUAUAGCUGUUUUUAUAAGACGUGUAUCGUAGUCAGGACCUACAGUAACUCAGCUUUGUCAUUAGGCAGUAAAUAAUUACAGCUUUGUAUACACAUUUUUAGAAUUAGGCAACUGUACUCAUUCAGGAGGAAUGCCAAUAAAGAUUAUGUUUUGUGCAUCA